CCAUGUUGGGGGUCCUCGCUGGGGACACGUAGGCGUCUGCGUAAGAUGCCGGCUCGCGCGCGUCGCUGCCGCCAAGAUGGCGUCCAUGCGGGAGAGCGACACGGGCCUGUGGCUGCACAACAAGCUGGGCGCCACGGACGAGCUGUGGGCGCCUCCCAGCAUCGCGUCCCUGCUCACCGCCGCGGUCAUCGAUAACAUCCGCCUCUGCUUCCACCGCCUCUCCUCGGCUGUGAAACUCAAGCUGCUCCUCGGGACGCUGCAUCUUCCGCGCCGCACGGUGGACGAGAUGAAGGGUGCUCUGAUGGAUAUUAUCCAACUGGCCACCCUGGACUCAGACCCCUGGGUCCUUAUGGUUGCUGACAUUCUGAAAUCCUUUCCUGACACGGGCUCACUGAAUCUAGACCUUGAGGAGCAGAACCCCAAUGUUCAAGAUAUCCUAGGAGAACUUAGAGAAAAAGUGGGUGAGUGUGAGGCGUCUGCCAUGCUACCACUGGAGUGCCAGUACCUGAACAAGAAUGCCCUGACCACCCUUGCCGGGCCCCUCACCCCACCAGUGAAGCAUUUUCAGUUGAAGCGGAAGCCCAAGAGUGCCACUCUGCGGGCAGAGCUACUACAGAAGUCCACUGAGACAGCCCAGCAGCUGAAGAGAAGUGCCGGGGUGCCAUUCCACGCCAAGGGCCGGGGGCUGCUCCGCAAGAUGGACACGACAACCCCUCUCAAAGGCAUCCCGAAGCAAGCCCCCUUCAGAAGUCCCACCACACCUAGCGUCUUCAGUCCCUCUGGGAACCGGACCCCAAUACCACCUUCGAGGACACCACUGCAGAAAGAAAGGGGUGUGAAGCUACUAGAUAUUUCUGAGCUGAAUACGGUUGGUGCUGGCCGUGAGGCAAAGAGGAGAAGGAAGACUUUAGACACAGAAGUGGUGGAAAAGCCCACCAAGGAAGAGACAGUUGUUGAAAAUGCCACCCCUGACUAUGCUGCUGGCCUGGUGUCCACACAGAAACUUGGAUCUUUGAAUAGUGAGCCAGCACUUCCCUCCACAAGUUAUCUGCCCUCUACCCCCAGUGUGGUACCUGCCUCAUCUUACAUCCCCAGCUCUGAAACUCCCCCAGCCCCUCCAUCCCGGGAGGCCAGCCGACCCCCUGAGGAGCCCAAUGCUCCAAGUCCUACACUGCCAGCUCAAUUUAAACAAAGAGCACCUAUGUAUAACAGUGGCCUGAGCCCAGCUACGCCAACACCUGCAGCACCUACCUCGCCUCUCACACCUACUACUCCCCCAACUGCCACCCCCACUGCUCAGACACCCCCAGUGGCCAUGGUGGCCCCACAGACCCAGGCACCUGCCCCUGUUCAGCAGCAACCUAAGAAGAACCUGUCUCUCACGAGAGAACAGAUGUUUGCUGCGCAGGAGAUGUUCAAGACAGCAAACAAGGUCACUCGGCCAGAGAAGGCCCUCAUCCUGGGCUUCAUGGCUGGCUCUCGAGAGAACCCAUGCCCGGAGCAGGGUGAUGUGAUCCAGAUCAAGCUCAGCGAGCACACAGAGGAUCUGCCCAAGGCAGACGGCCAGGGCAGUACCACCAUGCUAGUGGACACAGUGUUCGAGAUGAACUACGCCACAGGCCAGUGGACACGCUUCAAGAAGUACAAGCCCAUGACCAAUGUGUCCUAAGUGCCAUCUCUGCUGCUGAUCUGCAUCAAGCCAGAAGACAAGUUUUGCUGGCUAUGCUAAGUGACCUGAGCAGAUACCGAAGGAUGUGUUCCACCCAAUACCUGCCAUCCACAGUCUACUGGGCCCCGGGCUGUUUUAAGUUUUAGGUCAUUUCUCUGGGAAGUUUAGGCUUUUUUUUUUUUUUUUUUAAAUUAUAACGGGUUAGUUUUUUGUGUGAUUAAGAUACUUUUUUUUUUUUGGAUUCAAUAUUACACUUUAAAUGCUAAACCAAAAAAGUUACAACUUCAUUUUAGUGCCUGCUAGACUUUUACCUUUUUUUAUUUUUUUCUUUAAAAAACUGCACUGGCUGAGAGGACUUCCUCUGCUUGUGCAUGCCUUCCCUCACAAGGCUGAGGGGACCAAAGGUGACACCCGGCAGGCUAGGGUGUGAGGGGGGCUAUAACUAGCCUCGAUGCCACUGCCUGCCAGGGAUUUGUAUAUGUAUUUUGUAUAGUUGUAAACAUUUCAAACCUGUCUCUGGGUACCUAUUUUCAUUGUAAAAUGUUAUGUGUAUUAAAGUUUAGUUUUUCUAAAGAAA